GGAGGGGAGAGGAAGGAGCACGCGUGUCUCUGUACUACUGCAGACAGAGUUGCAGAUAACCGGGGGAGAGGAGAGACACGGGCAGGACAGGAAACUCCACACACAGCCACCAUGCAUUUCAGUCUGUUUAAGAAGAAGGCAGAGCCUCCUGAAACCCACACGAUGGAGCCUAGCACAGAGCCACCGAUGGUCUCUCAGGAGAACUCAACUGCUGUGACUGGCUCUGGAGACAAGAGUGCAGAUACUUUUAGGAAGAUUGAACAGGAGCUCAUGAACCAGUUCAAAAAGAUUCCAUUGCCUCCUUGGGCGAUCAUAGCCAUAGCAGUGGUAGCAGGCUUGCUGAUCAUCACAUGCUGCUUCUGUAUUUGUAAGAAAUGUUGCUGCAAAAAGAAGAAAGGAAAGAAAGAGAAAGGAAAGGGAAUGAAAAAUGCUCUCAACAUGAAGGACAUGAAAGGAUCUGGAGGGCAGGAUGACGAUGAUGAUGAUGCAGAAACUGGCCUAACAGAGGGAGAAGACAAAGAGGAGGAGGAAAAGGAAGAAGAGCAGCUUGGAAAGCUCCAGUUCUCCCUGGAUUAUGACUUUCAAAAUAAUCAGAUGCAAGUUGGUGUUAUACAAGCUACAGAUUUACCUGCGUUGGACAUUGGAGGAACAUCAGAUCCCUAUGUGAAAAUUUUCUUUUUACCAGACAAGAAAAAGAAGCAUGAGACUAAAGUUCAUCGGAAGACACUAAAUCCCAUCUUCAAUGAGACAUUUACUUUUAAGAUUCCAUAUCAGGAGCUUGGUGGAAAAACACUGAUUAUGACCAUAUAUGACUUUGAUCGGUUCUCUAAACAUGAUAUCAUUGGAGAGGUGAAAGUCCCCAUGAAUACAGUAGACCUUGGUCAACCAAUUGAAGAAUGGAGAGACCUACAGAGUGCAGAGAAGGAAGAGCCUGAGAAACUGGGUGAUAUCUGCAUUUCCCUACGAUAUGUUCCAACAGCUGGGAAACUGACAGUCUGCAUCUUGGAAGCCAAGAAUCUCAAGAAGAUGGAUGUGGGUGGCCUUUCAGAUCCCUAUGUAAAGAUUCAUUUGAUGCAGAAUGGAAAACGUCUUAAAAAGAAGAAAACAACAGUGAAGAAAAAGACAUUGAAUCCAUAUUUCAACGAGUCUUUCAGUUUUGAAAUUCCUUUUGAGCAGAUACAGAAAGUACAAGUUGUAAUCACAGUUCUGGACUAUGACAAACUGGGUAAGAAUGAGGCAAUUGGGAAGAUCUUUGUUGGAUGCAGUGCAUCAGGAACAGAGCUCCGACAUUGGUCAGAUAUGUUGGCCAAUCCUCGUCGUCCUAUUGCUCAGUGGCAUCCACUCAAACCAGAAGAAGAAGUUGACCUUGCUCUUGGAUCAAAGAAGUAAAUGACAAACACACAUACAACACACAUACUUCCCCUUAAUAUUUUUCCUCCUGCCCUCUUACUCUGCUGUGCAGACUUAAAUCUACAAGCACCUUCUUCUCACCCGACGGCAGCCCCAAAUGCACAGCAGCCAGGACUUAUGGAACACAUUCAAGGGGUGAUAUUAGACUACAAGGCGUUUUUAAACAUUCAGCCACCUAAUUCAGAAGAUAGACAGUUUCUCUCUUUUUUUGUGAUAGGAUCCUAAACCAAUGAUUUCUAUCAAUGAAGAAUGACUUUUGAAGCUGGUCUUGCUAACAAACAGACAUUCACCUCUUUUGUGUGUUCUAGUCAGACUUUAUAUUGUAUGCAUACAUUGGUGGGUAAAUAAUAUCUGUAUAAUAUUCCAGUCUUCCAAAAAUUGGUAGUAGACAGCCACUGAGUUAUUGACAACGUAUGUUCUCUGACUUGGCUACAAGUCAGUAUAUCCAUUUUAACUGAAUACAAUUAGUUGUAGGGACCUUAGGUUUACACUUGUUGUUGCAGUAGUAUAGCAGAUGUUGAUUUCAAGAUAUUUUACUCUACAAAAUCCAGUAUAUUCUGUAAUAGGUAAAUAUAUUUCUUUACAAGGACUUUUAAUGUGUUCGAGAAAUUGACAUACACAUCAUAUUUUUUUUAUUAGAGUAAUUUAAUUUUUAAAUGUGCUUAUCUUAUGAACUUCUAGAUUCCCCAUUACAUAAAUGAUCUCCAUAUCUGUAAUAUAAUUCCUACUUUGUAGCAUCAAUGGAAAGAGGUUAUAUGAAUAGCUUGUCUUUUACCAAGUCUUUAGAAUCACAUGUCUUCCAUUUUUUCUAAAGUAGACAUCUACUCUAGGACACAUUGCCAAGGAAAUGGAAUACUUAUGUGUGUAUUUAGCACAAGCAAUUUUAUUUCAUUUUAGGUGAAUAUUUAUUUUUCUUUUGGCACCAAAUGCAGGUGUAAGUGUUACAACAAAGAAAUCAUAGAUGUAUCUAUGGAUGCUUGAAGUAGUGAGAUGCACAAUUUUUGGAUAGCAGCAUAAAGCUUCAGGGAAGCUUGUAGAUCUUCGAAGACCAAAGUGAUUACCUAAAAUAUUGAGGGAGUUUUUUUAAUAGCAUUUAGGAUUUUGAUCAUUUAUAAAAAUAUAUAGUUUGUGGCUAUAACAAAUUAUGGGUGUUUGAAGUGUGUAUAUAAUAUAGAAGGGCAUUUAAAAUUUUCCUGCAUGUCAAAAUAUACAGUUGUUGGCAGCACCAUAGAGAAAGCACGCACUUACUGAAUAGCCAUGAUUUAGUUGAUGUUACUUAAAAAUUUGAAAGGCAUUACAUGUACUUGUAAGGAUCAUAUUAUGGUCUUUGUAUAAUUUGAAAUCUAGGGCUUAAACAAUCUUAUUAAAAAAAAAAUCAUAGAUUAUAGCUAUGUGUUAAAGAAUAUUUAUGCUUUCUUAUUUCAGACUAGCAGUGGCAGUAACUAUUUUGUUUAGCCAAAAUUGACUCCAAUAUCUGUAAAAAUAUAUUUUAAGGGCCCCUCAUAGCAAUCAGGUUCCUAAAUAAUGUAUUAAAAAAAAAAAAAAAAAAAAAAAA